AUGCAAAAAAUACAAUGUAAUGAUACGAACAAAAAUCAAAUUAUUGAAGAAAUAACAAAUGUGGAAGAAAAUGAAGAAAAUGAAAAAUUAAACAAAAAUCAAAGAAAUAAUAACAUAAUUAACUGGACAAAAGUAGAAAAGAAUAAAAAUAAAGAAAAAGACAAAAAAAAAGUAUUGUUUAAUGAAUUUAAUACAAAUGAACAGGAAGAAAUAGAAUCAAUCACCUCUUUCAAAAUAGAGAAUGAUUAUCAAACUGGUUGGUGCAAUGUUCUAGGUGCAAAAAAAUAUAAACUCUGGAUCUAG